AUGGCCAAGAAAGCCAAGAGUCGUCUGAUCCACGUGCGCCUCCUCUCCAUGGCCAUGACGGGCUUCUUUUACACGUUCAAGCGCCCGCGCACGGCGCUGCCAAUGGGACUGCUGAAAUACGAUCCAAUUGUGCGCAAGAAGGUCCUCUUUCUCGAAUCUAAGCGAAAGGGCAAAUAA